UUGAAAGAGUAAACAAGUAUGUGCAUUCUCAUUGUAUUUGUAGCCCAUUUUAUUCAUCUUUAAGCCGAAAGUACCUCAAAUAUAGAACCCCCUUUUACAUGGCUAAACAAAUCUUGAAAUACCAAGAACUACUCUCCUUUAUCAUCAAUCUUAUUUUUAUGAUCACUACAGCCCCAUGUUUUGUUUCUUCACAAACUUCUAAUAAUAAUUGCAUUCUUGAUAUUAAACUCUCUUCAACUAUAGAAACCUCAAAUUGUGAACCAAACAACAACUGGGGUGGCUUAAUCAACAACAGUUGUUGUGGAGCUGUUUUUGAUGAGUAUUUGUAUGCAUUGGGGAAAAGAGCCAAUAAAACUGGCCAAAUUUACUUAAAUUCUACAGAACAGGAGAAUUGCUUAAUUUCAAUGAAGCCUAUUUAUAACGAUGUUUUGGGCUGUGGCAUUGAGAACCAAACUGGUGGAGGUGGUGAUGGUGGCUGCUCUAGCUAUACCAAGGCAGAUGUUGAUAAUAUGCUUAGAAAUAGAGUGAAUAAUUUAGAAAAAGAUUGUGCAUUUUCGGGUUUAGAUAACAAAAGGGAUGACUUGCAGAAUUGCAAUGCUUGUUUGAGAAGAUGGGAGGAGAUUGGUGAAUCAUCAAACUUCAAUUCUGAUCCCAACACUUGUAGAUUUGCUAUUCUCGUAGCAUUAACCAGCAACUUCAUUGAUGAUAGAAAAAGGGUUCAAGCAAUUUAUGAUUGUCUUUCUUCAUGGAAUAUACACGCGGGCAUGGAUAGGAAUGGUGACACCAGGCAAAAGUCAAGAAAUUUGAUUUUACUCAUUGGAUUAGUGGGACUUUUGGCAAUAGUAGUUAUUGCAGUAUCAGUAUGGAUCUUUUAUAGAAGAAAGGCUCAAGAAAAACUGUUAACUGGAAAUGGAUCAUAUGAGUCAUAUUCUGAGAAGUCAGAUGAUCUGAAGUUAUCACCUAAAGAAAUUUACUUGGCAACAGACUACCUCAGUGAAAAAAACUUCAUAGGGCAAGGCAUAGCAGGAAAAGUGUACAAAGGGAUACUGCAUAAUGGGCAACAUGUUGCAGUGAAGCACAUACUCAAUGACGGCCAUGUAGAGACAUUUGUUCGUGAAGUUACCAGCCUGUCUCAUAUCAGACAUCCUAACCUUGUAGCUUUGGUUGGCUUUUGCGAGUACAAAGAUGAAUAUUUUUUAGUCUAUGAGCUUUGCAGCAAUGGUAAUCUAUCAGAGUGGUUAUAUGGUAAAAAUAGAGUUCUUUCCUGGAUUCAACGGCUUGAGAUUGCAAUUGAUAGUGCUAGAGGUGUUUGGUUUCUGCAUAGUUAUCCAGAAGGCUGUAUUGUUCACCGCGAUAUCAAGCCCACCAACAUUCUUAUCAAUGCCGAAUUUCAAGCAAAACUUGCAGACUUCGGAUUAUCCAAAGUUAUGGAUUUAGGUCAAUCUUAUGUGAGUUCUGAAGUUAGAGGUACAUUUGGUUAUGUUGAUCCUGAAUACCGAAGAAAUCACCGUGUAAAUGCAAAGGGCGAUGUUUACAGCUUUGGGAUCGUGCUGCUACAACUAAUUUCAGGGCAAAGAGUGAUCAAUCUGAAUUGUAAUAGACCAAUGCAACUAAACAAAAUGGCAAAAUUUCUUUCAAGAGGUGGCAAUAUAACAGAAUUUGCUGAUCCUAAGCUUAAUGGAGAGUUCUCAGUUGAAGCAUUCGAUCUGGUACUCAAAUUAGCCUUGUCAUGUACAGGCACUAAGCAAGAAAGGCCAUCAAUGGAGCAAGUGGUACUAAGAGUAGAGAAAGCACUUCAUAUCUCUAUGAGAAUGAAAUCAAUCACAUAUGGUUGAGCAACAAAAAAUGGAAGAUAACAUCGCAUUUUUAUUGCAUCUUCUGAUGAAUGAUUUUUACAACAAAGUAAUACAGUAUUUAUUGUUACGAAUCAGGAAAUUAAAAAAAAAAAA